GUCAGCUAUUCGUAAACCUAUCAUUUUGUUAUCUCAUGUUUGACCAUGAUCAGGUAAACAAUCAUCGGACGAGCAUUUGGAAGCUAUCAGUGAAGGAUGUUCAGAAAUGCGAUUAUGGUCUGCGAAUGCUGUGAAAGUCCAGAAUUAGGGCAAGUUGGCAAAAGAAACUGUGACGGAGGAAUCAAUUACGCAAAUAUUCCCCAAUCCCCACCAUAUCUGUCUAUCCAUACAAACCAAAAGCCUUCUUCUUUGGUCUGAUCUCAGAAUCGCAUCGUCUUGUUCUGAUGGAGAACACGACAUGGACGCCGAGACUCCACGCCCUAACUCAUAUACUCACGAGCCCCACCACCUCACCGACCCUCCACUCCCAGUUCUUCAUUUCCCGCCAAAUUCCAUGUUACCUGAAUUGGGAUUACCCUCCAAUUCUUUGUCCUAAACCCUCGAUUCUUACCAAAUGGAGUCUCUCUCUCUUCUUCCGAAGGCUUUUCGGAUUGGGGCCUCCGAAGACCUCGUGGAGGUGUAAGUGCCCGUUUCAGCAGCCUCCGCCAUUGACGCUGGCCAAAGGAUUGGAGGAAGCGCAGUGGGGAGAACAAGAGAGGAGGGAAUAUGUGAGGAGAAGGCUUGCCAGGAAGCGCCUCGUCAGAAAUGUUAACCCUGUGGUUCCGGGAAACUUCUAGAGUUGAUGAUACCGUGAAGCAUUUAUAACAUUCAUGCUUUUGAUACUAGUUCCUGUUACUGAUACCCAAGUUGAAGUUGGGGAGACUAGUUAUGGUGCAAGUUGCUUGUUGAGAAAACAAGGCAGGUAAAGAAAAGAACUUUUAUUGAGCUGACACACCAAGACUUUCUGGCGAUGUUUAUUCUUGUUCAUCGUAUAAGGGCCCACGUGGCAGAUGCAUCUCUUCUUCUAUAUGCAGGUUGGCUUAUUUUGAUGAUAUUUGAUCAUCACAUCUGGCUUGGAGUAGCAGCUUUUAUGAUUUGUGGAUUAC